UUAAGAUAUGGAUAAUAUCAAAUCCAUUCGAUUUUUCCUUUUGCUUAACUUUUAUUAAUUUUAAUCAUUAUGCUCCUUAUCAUUACAGUAAAUAUUACAAUUUUUAACCCCUACCUCCACUCGCUGGUGCUUCACGCUCUCCCCUCACCGCAUCGCUUCAAUCAACAGAGUAGAUGUGCAUUUCGUCAUGGCUGCAAGAGUGCCAGUAGACAGAAAUUUUCUCUGGAGUAUCUUCGCCAAAAUAGAUAAAGACAGAAAUGGAUCCAUAUCAGCUGAUGAACUUCAACAAGCGUUAUCAAAUGGAACAUGGACACCGUUUAAUCCUGAGACAGUACGGCUCAUGAUCGGUAUGUUUGAUCAUGAUAACUCAGGCGCAAUUGAGUUCAAUGAGUUCUAUGCAUUGUGGCAGUAUGUAACUGACUGGCAAAGAACAUUUAGAAGCUAUGAUCAGGACAAUUCUGGAACCAUUGAUAGACAAGAAUUAAAAACAGCUCUUACAAACUUUGGUUACAGGCUGUCAGAAAAUAUGUACACCAUUCUCAUGACAAAGUUUGAUCGCAGUGGCCAGGGCUCCAUUAACUUUGAUGACUUCAUUCAGUGUUGCAUCAUAUUACAGAUGUUGACGAAUUCCUUCAGAUCCCGUGAUUAUAAUCAGAAUGGCUGGAUAACAAUAGCUUAUGAAGAUUUCUUAUCAAUGGCAUUUAGCCUAAAAAUGUCAAAAUAAACUGGGUUUUUCUGCUAAAUUUGUAACAUUUUGACAGAAUUUCUUUCUAUAAUCUCAGUUCUCAGCAGGAACAACCACAGCAGUUUUUAAAACUUGUCAUUGAAUAUUUAGAUAGUGUUACACAGGCAAGAUGGGGUAAAUAGUACUUAAAGUACUUUUUGUUGAGAAUGCUACUUAAAAUAUUAUUCAGCUUAGCCAACAAAGCGCAAAUGCCUAAGACUGCGUAAGGAACUUUUAAAAGAGAAAAAUAAUCUUUAAACUUGUCAACAAGCAGGAUGAAUGGAAAUUUAAUACUUUAAUUUCUUUAUGAAUAGCACCUAAUAUCUGACAGAUUACAGUUGCUGAUGAAUGGUGAAGAAAUGCAUUAUUAGGGAAAAUAUAUUAUUAAAUAAAUUAAACUAUUACUAACAUUAUAAUAUGCUAGUGGCAGGGCAUCUUCGAUCUCUGCACUUUAGCACUUGUAAUAAUAACAAUAACACCCAUAAGUUUGUAUGACAAACAAAUGGAACUUUUAUCUUAAUAUAUUUUUUAUCUUGAGUUCUUCAGAAGCAAGUUAUGGGAAAAUAAUAUUAUUUAGAGUUAGGAGCCUUCACUAGCAUAGUGUAGCACACAAGAGGUAGGGUCGUAGCCAGUAACAUGCACACCGAGGUACUUGCCUCAGUCAUUUUUUUUUCCGUUUUUUUGUCGUUUACAGUCGUCAAAAACGCCCUAAAUACCUAGGAAGAGAAUUUAAAAAUGGGCAUUGCCUCAGUCAUAAUUUUUCGCAUAUUUUUUUUUUCUGGCUACGGCCCUGAGAGGUGAAGCAGAUCUGGCAAGAAUGUCAUUUAAACUAACAUAAAAAUGCGUGGAAUGAUAAAUGUUAUGUAUAGAAUACGCACCCUGGGUCCAAAAGGGUUUUUUUAAUUAGCGGUGAGGCAUGGUAACACGUAACACGCUUAACCGGGUACGCCGUUCCUCGCGAGAAAGACAGAUAAAACCUAUGGCAGCCAGGGAACAGAACACGCAACAAGAAUAGCAAUUCACUGUACAGCUCAGAGGCUUUUUAUGAAUAACGCUGCUGUUGAAACUAUUGGGUGACUAAAUGGCAAAUUUUUACAUCAAAUUGUAUGAAUAUAUGUACAAGGAAUAAAGAUUUCGAAGUGAAGCUUAUCUCGCA